AAGACGAGGAGCGAUAAAUCUGCGUCGACUCCGUCUCUCCCACGAAAUCCUCCCCAUUCCACGCGCGGAAGAAUUCCCGGUGCGUUCUAAACCGAUCAAAGAAGGCGACGCAUUGAUUUGCUGAUUUUCCGGCGAUCGCUUCUCUCCGUUGGGGCCAGGAUAAAGGUGUCUAAUGGACAGUACAAUUUUAACUUUUCCAAGGACUAACAGAUUUGUUGGCACUCGUACCAUUGACCAUUCCCUGGGACUUUGUGCUCUUAAUUUAUCAAGAUAUAACAUAUGCUAUUUGCCUAAAGGAUUGAAAGGUUGAAUUGUUAGGAGUGCAAUGAAAUCUUAUAAGCUUUCUGAGCUUACUCAUACUGAGGUUGAUUCUCUCAAGGCUCGCCCUCGUAUUGAUUUCUCAUCCAUUUUUAGUGUGGUAAACCCAAUCGUGGAUGAUGUACGGUGCAGAGGAGAUGCUGCAGUAAUAGAUUAUACGGCAAAAUUUGACAAAGUUGUACUUGACAAAGUAGUUGAGCUUGUUUCUGAUCUUCCGGUUCCAGAGCUUGAUCCAGCUGUAAGGAAAGCAUUUGAUGUGGCAUAUGCCAAUAUUUAUGCAUUUCAUGAUGCUCAAAGGGUUCCUGAGAAGGAUAUUGAGAAUAUGACAGGAGUUCGGUGCAAAAGGAUAGCAAGGUGCAUCGGCGCUGUAGGGCUUUAUGUUCCAGGGGGUACUGCAGUCUUACCCUCAACUGCUCUCAUGCUUUCAGUGCCCGCACAUAUUGCCGGGUGCAAAACUAUUGUUCUUGCAACUCCGCCAAGUCGUGAUGGUAGCAUUUGCAAGGAAGUACUUUAUUGUGCCAAGAAAGCCGGUGUAACUCACAUUCUAAAAGCUGGGGGAGCUCAGGCAGUCUCAGCAAUGGCUUGGGGAACUCCAUCUUGCCCAAAGGUUGAAAAAAUUUUUGGCCCAGGAAAUCAAUAUGUUACUGCUGCGAAAAUGAUUCUCCAGAACAGUGAAGCAAUGGUUUCCAUUGACAUGCCUGCUGGCCCUUCAGAGGUUCUGGUCAUUGCUGACAAGCAUGCCAAUCCUGUUCAUGUAGCUGCAGAUCUCCUAUCUCAGGCAGAACAUGGUCCAGAUAGUCAGGUGGUUCUUGUUGUUGCCGGAGAUGGAGUGGAUAUUGAUGCUAUCCAGGCUGAAGUUAGCAACCAAUGUGCUAGCCUUCCCAGAGGAGAGUAUGCUUCAAAAGCACUGAGUCAUAGCUUUGUUGUGUUUGCCAGAGACAUGGUUGAGGCAAUUUCCUUCUCGAACUUGUAUGCUCCUGAGCAUUUGAUCAUCAACGUCAAGGAUGCGGAAAGGUGGGAGGGUCUCAUUGAGAAUGCUGGCUCAGUCUUUUUAGGACAAUGGACACCGGAGAGCGUUGGUGAUUAUGCUAGCGGCACCAACCAUGUCCUUCCCACAUAUGGAUAUGCACGUAUGUACAGUGGGGUGUCACUAAACUCAUUUCUCAAAUACAUAACUGUGCAGUCCUUAACCGAGGAAGGUCUCAAAAACAUUGGACCGCAUGUGGCAAAGAUGGCAGAAGUCGAAGGGCUGGAGGCUCACAAGAGAGCUGUUACCCUUCGGCUGCAGGAAAUCGAAGCUGCCCCCCGCUUAGUUGACAUAAUGCAGGUCCAAAAUGCUCUGGGAACUUAUAAAAUCAUAGGCUCCUCCAUUUGAGUUGGUACGUUGAAGCACAACUUAUCUCGGUCAAUGUUUGGGUUUCUGAACUGAGCAGGUUGUUUCUUGAAGACCUUUACCAUUUUGCAUCAUUCAUAAUCUGCUAAAAGGUCAAGCUGUCGGGGGUCGUCUUUCUUCAGUGCCCACAAGCAGCUCAAAGUGGGGAGUGCAUAAACCAGUCAGCUCAUUUUUACGUGCAAAAACUACAUCCUCAGAUACAUUCAUCCUCCGGUUUAUGCUUGCAGAACCUAAUUAAGUUGUGUUCUCACUGUUGUGCAACAUUUUGAAGUUCACAAUCGCUUAUCCCAACGAACAAAUGGAAAAGACAAGCCAAUAACCAAAUGGAUAGGGCAUUGCUGCUCGUAUUCACAUCAUCUUAUGUGGCAGUAGACAUGCUGUUGAACUUGUGGUGUUUGCUACGUAAGCCAUCCUUUCAUUUUACUGUUCUAAUAUGCAAGAAACUCUUUUCUGGUUGAUAUAUGCAACAUUGUUGAUUGUUUUAGUCUAAAGUAAUAUUUGAACUUGUGCAGACCUCGAGUUUCUCAUGAAUUCAUUGUUGUCCUGUA